CCACUCCUCAACAGCCACAACCACGACAUCACACCAUCACAUAAUUCAAGAAAAAUGACCUUCUCCGCACCUUUCAACAACUCGCGCCUCGCCGGCAAAAACAUCCUCAUCAUCGGCGGCACCUCCGGCAUCGGCUUCGCCGUCGCAAAAGCCGCCAUCGCCGCCUCCGCCAACGUCACCGUCGUCUCGUCCUCCCCCUCCCGCGUCACCGGCGCCGUCGAGCAACUAUUAGACACCAAUUUCACUGAAACCGUCCGCCACUACGGCACCAUCGCUGGCGCAACCUGCGACCUCUCCCAACCCACCGUCGAAUCCGACCUCGAAACCCUCUUCGCCAACCUCCCCCCCUCCUUCCUCCCCCUCCACCACAUCGUCUACACCGCCGCCAACCCCCCGGCCACCUACCCGGUAUCUGAAAUCACGCGCGACCGCAUCCUCGCCGCCGGCCAACUCCGUCUCGUCGCGCCCAUCCUCACCGCCAAAGUCGGGUCCCGAUACCUCGCCCCAGGCCCCGAAUCCUCCAUCACGCUGACCACAGGCGCCGGGUUCGAGCGGCCCUAUCCCGACUGGACCGUGAUGGCAGGGUAUCUGGGCGGAAUGGUGAGUGUGGCGCGGAACCUGGCGCUGGAUUUGAAGCCGGUACGUGUGAAUGCGGUCAGUCCCGGGGUCGUGGAUACCGAGAUGUGGGAUUCGUUGCCGGCGGAGCAGAAGCAGGGGAUGUUUGAGCUCUUUCAGGGACGGUUUCCGACGGGCAGGAUUGCGAGGCCGGAGGAUGUGGCGGAGGCGUAUGUUUAUUUGAUGAGGGAUUGGAAUGCCACGGGGAGGGUGUUGGGGACGGAUUCGGGGGCUUCGUUGGUUUGAGGAUUUUUUUUAUCUGGGAUAGGGUACUGUGUUGAUAUGGAUAAGGAGGGUAGAAUGUACGAGGGCUCUUGUUCCUCUG